AUGAACCUACCUGCUCGAAUCGCAAAAGUGGGAACGUUUAGCGCGAACAUCAUAGUGUUCUUUGCUGCAAGUGCUAAAGAUGGCCCGAGCGGAAUCGAUCUUCCGUGGGUUACAGAUGAUCUACAAAAUACCUCUUUUAAGCGACGUCAAACCGGUGCGUUCUAUAAAGAGACGACAUCUCCGAAAGGCUCUCCCUUUUUUCAAUCUACGAGCCCCGCUUCCAUCGGUCAAAAGUCGAUUUACACCGGAUCUAGGUGA